AUGGAAGAGGAUCAUUACGAUACUCCGUGGGAGUUCCUUGCAAGACCCACAUCGGUCAGGCUAUCUAAUGCCGAGACCGUAUUUGCCAAACGUCCAUCUCGUUCAUCAGAUUCGCCACAAGAUUCUCCACUUCCACAUUCGCCUUCGUUCUCGAAUCACCUAGUGCACAUUGGUAACUCACCCUUGGAAUCGAAACGUCAUUCACUGAGAGUUGAACGACCUCGAAGGGUUGAUUCCCGAAAUGAAGAAGAGAUGCUUUUGGAGAAAAAUAUUGACCGAGUAGGAGCCGAGAAACUUUUAGAAAGUCGAGGACUUGGUGACUUUCUUUUGAGAUCUCGAGGAGAGGGCAGUGCAGCACUGUCACUUCGUGGUGCUACCGGCGUCCUUCAUAUCAAACUCGAACGACGAGGCGAUAAAUGGGUGAUCGGAGAGGGCCCGUGCUUUCGAUCGAUCUCUUCAGCUGUUCAUUACUAUCGACGACACCCGUUACCCAUUCGGGGAUCAGAUCAUCUCCUUCUGAAUGCAUCGCUUACGAAUACAGUCAUGUUAUAG